GAGCCGCGGGGCGGGCGCGAAGAUGCACACGACCCAGAAGGACACGACGUACACCAAGAUCUUCGUCGGGGGGCUGCCCUACCACACCACGGACGCCAGCCUGCGCAAGUACUUCGAGGUCUUCGGCGAGAUCGAGGAGGCGGUGGUCAUCACCGACCGGCAGACGGGCAAGUCCCGGGGCUACGGAUUUGUCACCAUGGCUGACCGGGCUGCUGCCGAAAGAGCCUGCAAGGAUCCCAACCCCAUCAUUGAUGGCAGGAAGGCCAAUGUGAAUCUGGCAUACUUGGGAGCAAAACCAAGGAUCAUGCAACCAGGUUUUGCCUUUGGUGUUCAACAGCUUCAUCCAGCCCUUAUACAAAGACCUUUUGGGAUACCUGCCCACUAUGUCUAUCCGCAGGCUUUUGUGCAGCCUGGAGUGGUCAUCCCGCACGUCCAGCCGACCGCAGCGGCCGCCUCCACCGCACCUUACAUUGACUACACGGGAGCCGCGUACGCACAGUACUCGGCGGCCGCCGCGGCCGCCGCCGCCGCCGCCGCCUACGACCAGUACCCGUACGCAGCCUCCCCGGCUGCCGCGGGCUACGUCACGGCCGGGGGCUACGGCUACGCGGUGCAGCAGCCAAUCACCGCCGCCGCACCUGGGACCGCGGCGGCCGCCGCCGCCGCAGCUGCCGCCGCCGCUGCCUUUGGCCAGUAUCAGCCUCAGCAGCUGCAAACAGACCGGAUGCAAUAGGCCAGAACCUGAUCAAAGUCGAAUUGUUUCCUCUUUCCCUCCCGAUUUCCCAAUUUUCAGUAGCUAAUAAGAGUUAACA